GUGAUGCAAUAGUGGGGGCUGUCGGGUUGGCAAGCUUGGUGUAGACCCUUGGCUAGACCACUGUGGCUCCAUGUGACUCCUCCAACACCUCCUCCACCUCUUCCUCCUCCUCCUCCCACCUCUUCCGUGCUUCCUCUCCUCAAACAGAGCGAGUUUUGAGAGAACCGAAUUAUGCCAGUGGAGGAGACAUCACCCCAAGCAGCCAGCCCCCCUAGUGGCCCCUCCAAGGCUGCUACCAAUGGCCAUGGCAGUGUAAUAGCCCCAGUAGCCCACAAAGCCAGCAUGGAACAGAAUGGCAUUGCAUCACACCCCUCCCAUGAUGCACCUCCUUCAAUGCCAUGGUUUGGAAUGGACAUUGGAGGAACCCUGACCAAGCUUGUGUACUUUGAGCCAACGGAUUUGAGUGAAGCUGAGGAGGAAAGUGAGGUGGAGACCAUCAAGAACAUCAGAAAGUACUUGAAGAGUAACUCAGCGUAUGGAGAGACAGGUCACCGGGAUGCACACCUGCAGAUGGAGAACGUCCGUGUUGGCAACCACACAGGGACUCUUCACUUCAUCCGCUUCCCGACCUCAGAGAUGCCCAACUUCCUGGAGCUUUCCAAGAGCAAGGGGAUGGCUACCCUGGCCUCUACCAUCUGUGCCACAGGGGGAGGAGCGUACAAAUUUGAGGAAGAUUUUCAGCGUGAGGUGAAUCUGACCCUGCACAAGUUUGACGAGCUGGACUGUCUGAUCCGUGGCAUAGAGUACAUUGAGGACAACAACAUGGACCGGGAGUGUUACUACUUCCUCAACCCUCGCAGUGAAGACCUGUGUGAGAAGGUGACAUUUGACUUCAGCGAUCCCUACCCUUUCCUGGUGGUGAACAUAGGCUCUGGGGUAAGCAUCCUUGCUGUGGACGGGCCAGACAACUACCGCAGAGUGUCAGGGACCAGUCUGGGGGGCGGCACCUUCCUGGGGCUGUCAUGUCUGCUCACCGGAUGCAAGACCUUUGAGGAGGCAAUCGAGUUGGCUGCCCAAGGGAAUAACGAGAAUGUGGACAAGCUUGUGAGGGACAUCUAUGGUGGAGAUUACCAGAGAUUUGGUCUUGGUGGGGACAUCGUGGCAAGUAGUUUUGGUCAGAUGAACAGUGCCGAGAAGAGAGCCAAGGUGUCGCGUGAGGACCUUGCCUGUGCCACACUCAUCACCAUCACUAACAACAUCGGCUCAAUAGCUCGGAUGGUCGCUGCAAAUGAGAAAAUUGAAAAGGUGUUAUUUGUGGGCAACUUCCUUCGAGUGAACCCAAUCUCCAUGAAGCUUCUGUCACACGCCAUGGAGUUCUGGUCAGGAGGGCAGCUCAAGGCAAUCUUUCUGGAGCAUGAGGGUUACUUUGGAGCGGUGGGCAGCAUGCUGGAGCUCAUGAGGACAGGGGAACUUCCCUCCUGCUCAGGUUGAUUGUCUACAUAUAUUAAAAAAUAUUUAUUGUUCUUCAAAGUUUAUAUAUAUUUAUGUUAUGUAUGUAAAUUGUUCGUAACCCAGCAAACUAUUGCUCUAGAGUAAUAUAUAAUACAAUUUUCUUGUGAUAAGAUUUCCUUUCAUGAGUUGUGACUGAGGCACAAGAGAUAUUUUAUACAAUAUUUUAGUAUUUUGGUAGCCUAUUUUUAUAUGGAUUGCAUGCUGUAUGUUUUGUCAGCUUUCCCCAGUAGGUCAGGAAGGAUCACAGGUGCAACAGUCGACAGUCCCGAGGCCAGCGUAGCAGUGCUGAUCCCGACGCCUUCCUCACAGCACACCAUCAAACAAACGCUUGUGUUGUGUUACCUCUCAAAUUCCUUUUCCCCGGUGUUACAAUGUAUUAACCUCAAUUUAUGUAUUUCAUAGGCCAUUUUUUUCCUUUUAUUGUUGUAGAAUAUGUAAGGAAUGCAUAUUUGAGAUUUGAGCACUUUUUGAAUCAUAAAUUAAAGAUUUGCAUUAAUCCUCAAUUGACUCAAGUGCUGCUGAUAACACACAAAGCUCAGAGCUUUGCUGAAGUCUCUUCUUAGGCAGACUGAAUAUGUUUUAUCCUUUCACUGACCACUAGAUUCUGUUGAAGACUUUCCUACACUCAGGUCCCCAAGCCUUUUAUAGGUAUAUAUUAUUAAGUCAGCCUGAUACUGCAGUGGAGAUCUGGACCGGCUGAUGGAGUUUGGUUAUGCGAGAAUCCGUGCCUUCAUAAUGACCAGGUCACAGUUCAUGAAUGUUGGAGACCAUAGGGGAAGAACACUGAGUCAUUUCUGCUGUAGCAGCCACUGAUCUGUCUCAGUCAUUACUUAUGAAUGUACUUAUUGUUUGUAUUACAGGGAGGUCCCUUUAUAGAAGCAGUGAGGUGAGAUCGAGUAAAAUUAGUGACAGCUUUCCAUAUAUGGGUGCAAAAUUUAAUGAUACGAGCUUUAGUCUGAGGCAAGUAAGAUUACCAAAUUUAAAAUGCGUGCCUUACUGCACCCUCCCGCUAACACAUCUGGACUGUGUGGGGAUGUACGGUGAUUCAAAUGUGCUGGGACAAGUUUGUGACCACUGAAGGAAAAAAGAACACCUUGCCUUGUCCGCUACCUACCAUACAUUCUCCUGCCUUUAAUGACAAAGUAUGCAUCGGUGAGUGUUAUGCACGUUGUUUAAUAUGAAAUUGUGUUCUUUGUAUGGCAUUUUCUCAUUCAAGUUGCUUUAUCAGAAGUUUGGCAAUAUUACAUUUGGUAUCGUAUGUUUUAGCUCAGAAACUUACCUUUGACUCAGUUUUUUUGCUAUUAGUUCCAUGUUUCAAAUGAUAAUUCACCAUGCGAACUAUUCAAAUGGAACCAAACUGCUGAUAUCACUAGGACCUCCUUGUACUUUUCUAUCCUGUUUUUUGUUCACAUUAUCCUUACUACAAUUGAGACCUACUAUUUUUUUUUUUUUUUUUUUUUUCAAGUUUUAUCUGUAGGUCUAUAAUUCCUGGGCCAUUAUCAGUGUGGCAGAAGAUAGCCAGUGUUUUUCUCCAUUGUCUAUAAACACGGUACUAGUAACUUGCAGGCAGGUGGUCAGGGUAUUAUAAAGGUGAUUGGUUUGUGUCCAAUGCCUCUGUGUGAAGAUUGAUGUCAGCGAGGGAACAAAAUCCUUCAGGGAAUGGUGCAGCAGUAUUAACGUUUGUUCUCGUUUUCUGCAUUUCAGUGGAUUUAUUUUCCUGUGUCUAUAUCCUGCACAAAUACUAAUUGCAUUUGAUAGUUUGUAAGCAAUAUUUUUCAUUUACCUGUAUCAUGUAUCUGAAGAAAGUUGUCAGUAAGGAAAGGGAUCAGAGUUGUGAGGUACUAGAACAUUUGAAAAUGUAUUGUGAGUGUUUCUUCCUUUCACUCUUUAUUUCAAAAUUAGUGUGUUUAAGUAAUCUUCACCAGGUGUAGCCAAUGUGCCAAAGAAGCUUUUACUUUUUCCAUUCCUUGGACUUGUGAAGUAUUAUUGGUGGAGUAAAGACCAGGUGUCAGUUGAAGGCUGUGGGCAAAUAGUAAUUAUAGUAAUAGUCUUUGCUUCAUUCAUUAAACUAUAUUGGGUAUUUGCCACACUCCUUCAUGUUGUCUUUCCGACAUAUAAGAAUGAUAUCAAGGAAGCUAAACUAACUAAUAAGAAAAAGAUAGAUAUGUCACCUUCCACAGCACAGAUAACAAAAAGGUAUUGCUAGUCACCACAUCUGGACUUAUAUGUAAUUCCUUUUGUAAAUCCAGAAUUACGUGUAAAGCCGUGAACGUUUCUACACACUAGGAGCUGUACCAUCUUAUUACACAAUGAAAUGAAGAA